AUGAGAAAAGUUGGCAUUAGCUUCACACCAUGUGUCCUAUUCCUAUCAUUGAAUCUGGUCCAUCUCCAGGCUCUUUUUAACGCAAGUGAUGUGCUGGUUUCGACAGUAACAAAUUUUUCAUCGUUUGUAUCAAACCCAACAGCCACUCCUCACACGGCAACGUCUCACGUGUUAACCUCCCAAACGCCGGAUCCAGUUUCUCGAUGCAAAGAGAAAUUUUCCUGCUGGAAUAAAUGCGAGAACCGUUCUACCCAGUGGGAUGAGAUAGACAGCCAAGAAAAAAGUGAAGAACACUGCUAUUGCGAUCAAGCUUGCCUCACGUAUCAUGACUGCUGUUCUGAUUACACACGUUACUGUCAGCCCUUAAGUCCAGUACCUCAAGGAAUGGAUAAUGCAAAUUAUAUCUCCAGCAAGAUAUCCACUGAGAAAAAAGUUGCUACAGGUGUUUUCAUGAUAUCAACUUGUGCAGCGGGUUGGCAAGACAAAGAAGUGCGUUCGAAAUGUUUGUCAGGGGCAAACGCCACGAAUCGCACAUUCACGUCGGCGAACGUCUUAGAAGGCAUUCCAGUGACAUUUUUUGACCCUCUUAGACAAGGAAUCCAUUAUAGAAAUAUGUAUUGUGGUAUUUGCAAUAACGUGAUAAAGUUCUUGCUCAUAUUUUGGGAGCUAAAAUUUCGAUGCAAUAUAAAACCACCCCAGGGCUUCAACAACACUCAAACAUUGGACUACAUGCUUAAGUACUGUCCAACAAGAGUCGUUUUACCACCUGAACAAUUUAAAGUUCGAAAUUGCUUACCAAUUGUAUCUUCAUGCUCCAUAGAGAAGCAAACUCAGCACAAAGAUGGUUGUUUGAAGAGUACAAGUGGAGUUGUCUUUGAAGGGGAGGCCUUGAAGAAUUACAAGAACUAUUAUUGUGUGCAUUGCAAUGGGUUAUCAAUGACAAACGCAAGCUGCGGCCCUCAAGAACCAUACCUUAUCUUUGAACCUAAAUCAUUCGAAAUAGUCAUGAAAUUUGAACCUUUGACCACUAACCAACUAAAAAUUAAGCGUACGAAAGUCAUCUCGACCUGUCCACAAGACAAGGUUUACGACCCACAUCUGGAAACCUGCAGGAUUGGUUACGUUCCUAAUCCUUUACACGCAAUUCGCGACAAGUAUCGCGUGAAGUUUUGGAUGCAUCCUUUGGAUGGUCAAAUGAGACCUGUUACACCUGACCAAUUUAGUAUCGCUUUCUGCAAAACUUUUGCACUAGAUCCAUCACAAAUCGACGAAAUUGUAUUUGCCUCUGAGGAUAAUUCCAAAGCGGUAGCUUUCAAUUUGUACGCAGGGGCUUCUUCCAGAAUAAAUAACUUGACACAUACGCCUUACAAAGACAACAUGGAUGUGUCUGUUUUGUUCAGUUUCAACGAAUCCUUUGAGAUCAACAUUAAUAACAAAACAUGGGAGGUCAUUCGCGUCACUGAAAGACAACUAGCCUGCGUGGAAUCAGUGGAAUACUCUCCUGGAGAGUUUACACUUUUACCAACAGGUCAGGCCGAAAUAAACAAAACAGGGCAAACUUUGCCUUUAAACCGCCUUUUUGUUGUUAACGACGGUAGCAACAAUACAAGUCUCUUCGUGUGCAAAUCAAAGUUUACUGUUCAAUGUUCAUUUCUGCUAUUGCCAUUACGCAGUUAUGAGUACACCAUAUUUGCCAACAAAACCUUACUACACAUCAUUACUGGAAGAGUUUACUCUACGGGAGAGUACGAUGUGAAUGGAAAAAUAGUUAUGAUUUGCACUAACUACACUAAUUACCAAGUGAAUUACACCAACACUUCCACCCGGAUUAUAGAACCUGACAUAACUGCCAUGACAGAAUCCCGUUUUCUGUGGUACUUUACCGUCGUUGGCCUUUUAGUGUCCGUUUUUGCACUGGUCCUAACUAUAGUGAUCCACUCCAUUUUCGUUGAAAUGCGAAGGCCUUUGCCAGGAAAAAAUCUCAUGAGUUUGUGCUUGGCCCUCACCCUUGCUCAGUUCACGUGGAUGUUAGGCACCGGAGACACCGAUAAACCAACCUUUUGUACCGCAGUGGCGGCCGUCAUCCAUUACCUUUUCCUGGUAUCAUUUGCAUGCAUGGCCAUCAUAGCCUUCGACACUCGACGUACAUUCUCCAGUCAGAUUUCUAGAGCUCCAGGGAUCUCAAUUGGUGGUCAGAAGAAGAAUAUUCGUUUUUUGAAGUACACCUGCCUUUCCUGGGGCUUACCUAUGUUGUUUGUAGGUGGAUGCGUUCUUCUUGAUCAUUUCCAAGUGGUGUUUAUCGGAUAUGGCAAUGAAGACGUUUGCUGGCUCGGCAGUAGCGAUGGCAAGAUCAUUGUUUUUGCUGUUCCCAUUGCCUCUGUUCUUCUGUACAACAUUGGAGCGUUUUCCCAUACCAUAUGGGCCAUCAACAGUGCCAGAAAGCAAACAACCCGAGUGAAAUCUGCCGUUCAAGAUCAAAAGGCCAUCCUUAAAAUAUACCUGCGCCUGGUCACACUCAUGGGCUUCACUUGGCUUUUCAGCUUCGGCGCCGAGCUCAUACACAAAGCGCUGAUAUAUCCUUUCGUAGUUCUCACAACUACACAAGGGCUAUUCAUAUUCGUGGCCUUUGUCUGCAAGGCCCGAGUGCUAAAGCUGAUAAGAGAUUCGUUUUCAAGAUCCAGAGAAGUUGCCCCUACUCCUCAAAUUGCCAUCGCAGAUCGCAGGAACGUCAUACAACUACGGCCAAUACAGACACCAGAAGCUAAAGCAUUGGAAUUGGUCUCUACUCCACAAAGCGCAAAUACGCAUCGCAGCAGCGUACAACUACGGGCAAUACAGACAUUAUAA